UAUGCCAACAUCCAAGUUGGAACUAACGAAACCCGCUCCUGACUUUGGAGGUCAAGCUGUGGUUAAAGGCGAAUUUAAAGAAAUAAAAUUAAGCGAUUAUAAAGGAAAAUACCUGGUUUUCUUCUUUUAUCCACUCGAUUUCACUUUUGUAUGUCCGACUGAAAUUAUUGCAUUCAGUGAUCGUGUUGAUGAAUUCCAAGCCAUCAAUUGCGAAGUUGUCGCGUGCUCGACGGACUCACACUUUUCCCAUUUGGCUUGGAUCAAUACUCCAAGAAAGCAAGGAGGUUUGGGUGAAAUGAAAAUACCCAUUCUUGCAGAUAAAAACUGCGAAAUUGCGAAAGCAUAUGGCGUUUAUAAGAGUGAAGAUGGAAUUGCUUUUCGUGGAUUAUUUAUAAUCGACAAUAAAGGGAAUUUGAGACAAAUUACCAUUAAUGAUCUGCCAGUAGGGCGAUCUGUCGAUGAGACGCUUAGAUUGGUCCAAGCCUUUCAGUUUACUGAUAAACAUGGAGAAGUUUGCCCCGCUGGUUGGAAGCCAGGUGCUGACACUAUGAAGCCAGAUCCAAAGGGAAGUAAAGUAUAUUUCUCGAAGCAGUAG